CUUGAAGAUUUCUGAAAAUAUGGAUACCAUGUUAAACGAUCUUGGCCAAAUGCCAGAAAUGUUUUCCCACCCAACAAGCCCAAAACGGGAGGAUGAGAUCAAAUUGUUAUCUGUGGACGUUGGUGAUACCACAGGGAAUAGGGAAUAUUCAGAUGUUCUGAUGGAAUGUUUGGGUGAUACAAAUCUCAGUGCCCAGCUGAUCAACAGAAGUGACCAAGGAGCUGGUGAGAACAUGUUUGAGCUGACUCUAUCACAAGCCAUUGGAGUAAAUAAAGAUUCUCAUCUUCUUGGAUCUUAUAAACUAAAUAGGGCUCAGUAUAAUUUAAAAACUAAGUUGUUCUUCAUCAUGUGUUUGAUAAUGACAACUAUGGUAAAUGGAAGCUCAGCAUCCAGUUGCUCAAGUAUAGGAGAGGAUUUAGGUCUAUGCUCAAAUACAAAGUUUUGUACCAGGCAAAGAUGCUAUGACCAGUCUGAGUUUAUAAUAAAACCAGAGUAUAGAUCUACCCUUGGCUCAUUUCUGGAAGUCUGUGGAUUAGUGGGUGGAUUUCUGUACUUAUUAAAAAUUGUCUUGAAAAUAAUUAGGGCAAUAGUGUUUACUGAGCGAGCCCCAAUUGAAGCUCAUGCUGAAGUUUAUCUACCAGAGCCCCAAUAUGCACAGCCUCAGGUACCGCCAUAUGGACCACCCCAGUAUGCACCACCACAAUAUACACCACCCCAAGCUCCAGAACAGCAAUAUGCACCACCCCAAGUUCAAGGACAGCAAUAUGCACCGCCCCAAGUUCAAGGACAGCAAUAUGCACCGCCCCAAGUUCAAGGACAGCAAUAUGCACCACCCCAAGUUCAAGGACAGCAAUAUGCACCGCCCCAAGUUCAAGGACAGCAAUAUGCUCAGCCCCAAGUUCAAGGACAGCAGUAUGCACCACCCCAAGUUCAAGGACAGCAAUAUGCUCAGCCCCAAGUUCAAGGACAGCAGUAUGCACAGCCUCAGGCUCCAGGACCCCAGUAUGCAUCACCCCAAGCGGGUCCAGGGCCCCAAUAUGCACAACCAGAAGCCCAGUAUGCACCAGCCCAGCAUGCACCAGAAGCCCAACCAGCACCACCCCAGCAAGCACCAGAACUGCACCUUGCAGCACCAGAUGUAUCAGGACCCUGAAGUGUGAACAUUUGGUACAUUUUCCUUAAGUGCCAGUAGCUUUUUUAAAAUUCCUUUUUUAAAUGUUCAUUUAAGAAUUUUAUCUUAUGGAGGAAAAGUAACGGUUGUUUUUAUCUUGUUUCUUGUAUUGACUAUAUAACAAUUUUUUUUUCAAAAGUCCUUAGGGUAUGCAAGUUAAUUUUUCCAUGCAAUGUUAUUCAUAAUUUCAGUAUUUUUAGUAGUCAACAAUACCAUUUUUUAUCACCCAUGUAUCUACUAUAUAUAGUCAUUCAGAAAUGUGCAAGAACUUAAUUAAAUGUGCAACUGUGGACAAAAAAAAAAUUUAUUUGACAAUUUUUAAAAAGUAUAUAAUGGUGUUUAGAUUAAUUUAAAUUUACAUUGAUUCGAUAUUUAAGAAAUUAUUUUUUUCUAUAUUAAAUGGAUAAUUUAAUCCA